GGGGGGGGAAUCGGAAGGAGGUUAACCUAACAGUCUAUUUUGCUGAAUUUGCAACUUUGUCAAAUUAAUUCAUUUAUUUUGUACUAAUCAUAUGUACGACAUAAUAUACUCAGCCAAACCUGAUAUUUAAACAACCUUGACUUUUGACAAAGUGCAGUGUUCAAAACCAGUUUUUAUCUCCAAUAUAUAUUAUUGUUUUAUCAAAGUUUUUCAAAUAAUCACCUUUAUGCUUAUUAUGUAUGUUAACACUGUGGCAAUAUACUUAACUGAUAACCUUUGAAAAAAGCUGAUAAUCGACGACUUGUAAUUUUUGUCUUUGCAAGUUUCUGAAAGUACUACUAAAAAUGGAGUACAGUGUUACAGAAAUUAAAGUACCUGUUCCAUGGGGACACAUUGCUGUUAAAACAUGGGGAAAUCCUGAUGACCCACCCAUAUUUUGCUUCCAUGGUAUCCUUGAUAAUGCAGGUGCUUUUGACAGACUGAUAGCACUUCUACCAAAAACAUUUUACUACAUUGCCGUAGAUCUUCCGGGUCAUGGCCGCUCAUCUCAUUUUCCGGCUCACUUACCUGUAUAUACCACAAACUACAUACUAGCCUACAAAGCCUUGAAAGAAUAUUUUAAACUAGAAAAAUUCACUAUAAUGGGACACAGCUAUGGCGGUCAAAUCGGAUUUAUGUAUUCACAAAUGUACCCACAACACGUAGAAAGAUUAGUGCUUUUAGAUGCAAUCAUACCCAUAACAGUGCCGACAAGCUGGUUCAUAGAUCAUUUGAAAGACAAACUCGAGAUGCAUUGCGAGAUUGAGAGCAAACUAGCUUCUAGACAACCUCCAACUUAUACAUAUGCGGAAGCUUUGAACCGCGUACAGUUUUCUAGAAAUUGGGGAACAAUAUGCGAAGAUGCAGCAAAGUGUUUGCUAAACAGGGCUAUAGAACCAGUAGGAGGUUCUGAUGGGAAGUUUAGAUUCACCAUAGACCAAAGAUUGAAAAACAUCAUCAACCCUACUGUCGAUCUACGAUAUGUGGUAGAAGCAUACAAAACUUCACCAGUUUGUUGUCCUACUUUGAUAAUAUUGUCAAAGCAGUCAGUUUUGAACAAGAACUUUGGAAGGCUUACCAAGAGUUUUGGGAAAAAUGUUGUUUUUAAGUUGGUGGAUGGUAAUCACGAUGUUCACAACGAUAAACCAGAAUUGGUAGCACCUUUAGUAGAGAAAUUUUUACUCUGUAAAAGGCACAAAUUGUGAAAGUUUUUAACACAGUUUUGGAAUCAAUCAAGUAUUUGUAGUGAUUAUGCUUCACAAACAGUAUAUCUAUUAUUUUUAUACUUUUCCAAGGGUAACUUAAGUGUUAAUCUGUUAAAAAUGUAUUAUUGUUGUUAUUGUAAUAUUAGUCUAUUUUCUGG